UCAGGAUUUUUGUUGAUUCAGGCUUGGCCCGAUAAUGCUACUGAUCUCUAUGCUUUUGAAAAUCUGGAGAUUAUACGAGGCAGAACCAAGCAACAUGGCCAGUAUUCCCUUGCCGUUGUUAACUUGAAAAUACAGUCACUGGGGCUGCGAUCCCUCAAGGAAAUAAGUGACGGAGAUGUUGCCAUUAUGAAGAACAAGAACCUCUGCUACGCUGACACCAUGGACUGGCGCAGCCUGUUUGCAACUCAGAGCCAAAAAACAAAGAUUAUACAGAACAGAAAUAAAAACGAGUGUGCUGCUGCCAGGCAUGUUUGUGACCCCCUGUGCUCAGAUGUGGGCUGCUGGGGCCCCGGACCCUUCCACUGCUUCUCCUGCAGGUUUUUUGAUCGCCAGAAGGAGUGUGUGAAACAGUGCAAUAUCCUGCAAGGGGAGCCAAGAGAGUUUGAAAGGGACUCCAAGUGCCUCCCCUGCCACCCCGAGUGCCUGGUGCAAAACUCCACUGCAUACAACGCAACCUGCACUGGACCUGGCCCUGACAAUUGCAUGAAGUGUGCCCAUUUUAUAGACGGCCCCCACUGCGUGAAAUCCUGCCCGGCAGGGGUUCUGGGCGAGAACGACACCCUCGUCUGGAAAUAUGCCGAUGGGAAUGCUGUUUGUCAGCUCUGCCAUCCAAACUGUACCCGAGGGUGCAAAGGGCCAGGUCUUGAAGGCUGUCCAAACGGCUCCAAAAUCCCAUCUAUCGCAGCUGGUGUCGUUGGAGGUCUCCUGUGCCUGGUGGUGGUUGGCUUGGGCAUCGGCCUUUACUUGCGGAGGCGCCACAUCGUCAGAAAGCGGACCCUGCGCCGGCUGCUGCAGGAGAGGGAGCUUGUUGAACCACUGACACCCAGUGGGGAGGCACCGAACCAGGCUCAUCUGAGAAUUUUAAAGGAAACAGAAUUUAAGAAGGUCAAAGUUUUAGGCUCUGGAGCUUUUGGCACUGUUUAUAAGGGACUUUGGAUCCCAGAAGGGGAGAAGGUUAAAAUUCCUGUUGCUAUUAAAGAGUUGAGAGAGGCUACAUCACCAAAAGCCAACAAGGAAAUACUUGAUGAAGCUUACGUGAUGGCUAGUGUUGACAAUCCUCAUGUGUGCCGCUUGUUGGGAAUCUGCCUCACUUCUACCGUUCAACUCAUCACACAGCUGAUGCCUUAUGGCUGCCUCCUUGAUUACAUCCGAGAGCACAAGGACAACAUUGGCUCCCAGUACCUUCUCAACUGGUGUGUGCAGAUUGCAAAGGGAAUGAACUAUUUGGAGGAGCGUCGCCUGGUGCACCGUGACCUUGCUGCCAGGAACGUCCUUGUUAAGACUCCUCAACAUGUGAAAAUCACGGACUUUGGGCUGGCAAAGCUGCUCGGUGCCGACGAGAAGGAGUAUCACGCCGAGGGAGGCAAGGUUCCUAUUAAAUGGAUGGCCUUGGAGUCAAUUUUACACCGGAUUUACACUCAUCAAAGUGAUGUCUGGAGUUACGGUGUGACAGUUUGGGAGCUGAUGACAUUUGGGUCCAAGCCAUACGACGGGAUCCCUGCCAGUGAAAUCUCCUCUGUCUUGGAGAAGGGCGAGCGUUUGCCCCAGCCCCCAAUCUGUACCAUCGAUGUGUACAUGAUCAUGGUCAAAUGCUGGAUGAUUGAUGCAGACAGCCGUCCCAAGUUUCGCGAACUGAUAGCGGAGUUCUCAAAAAUGGCCCGUGACCCCCCACGUUAUCUCGUUAUACAGGGAGAUGAUAGGAUGCACCUGCCCAGCCCUACAGACUCCAAGUUUUAUCGCACCCUGAUGGAGGAGGAGGACAUGGAAGAUAUAGUGGACGCGGAUGAGUAUCUUGUGCCACACCAGGGCUUCUUCAACAGCCCCUCAACAUCCCGCACUCCUCUCUUGAGUUCAUUGAGUGCUACUAGCAACAGUUCUGCUACAACCUGCAUUGACAGAAAUGGGCAGGGGCACCCUGUGAGGGAAGACAGCUUUGUCCAGAGGUAUAGCUCAGACCCAACCGGCGCUUUCUUAGAGGACAGCAUAGAUGAUGGCUUCCUGCCAGCCCCAGAGUACGUAAACCAGUUGGUGCCCAAGAAAACAUCUGCCUCAGUGGUCCAGAAUCCAAUCUACAAUAAUUUCUCACUCACACCAAACUCAAAGGUCCCCACGGACUCCAGCUACCAGAAUUCACACAGCACAGCUGUGGACAACCCUGAGUAUCUCAACACAAACCAGUCUCCUCUGGCCAAGACAGUCUUCGAGAGCUCUCCUUACUGGAUCCAGGCGGGCAACCACCAAAUAAAUCUGGACAAUCCUGACUACCAGCAGGACUUCUUACCGAAGGAAACCAAACCUAAUGGUCUAUUGAAAGUUCCCGCAGCAGAGAACCCAGAGUACUUGAGGGUAGCAGCACCAAAAAGUGAAUACAUUGAAGCCUCGGCAUGACCAUAGGGAAUUUCUUCUUGCAGUGAGGCAAGCCAGACUCUCGGUGAACCACCUGGCUGCUGCAAGAACAGACUCUUGCUCGUAGUGAACGGCGACUGCAAUGCAUGAAUAAGCACACCUUUCCUUUUCAGCAUGGGGGCUGAAACUGCGAAGCCUAUCUGAUGGUUUGGGUCUUUUCUUGCCCAUUUCCAUGUAAUGACUGGGGCCCAUAGCCUGCACUCAGAUGCGUGUUGGGAUGGAGCAGGAUCUUCCUGGACAGAAGAAAUACGGAUGCGUUCCUUUCAUUUUCAAAUGGUAGCAUGGUAAGAAGCCACUCUGGGAUGAACUUGAGAACUGUACACAUUGUACAGUCAAAUUCCUUUCUACAGUCUGUAUUUUUAUAAAUGUUUCUAACAGAAUUUUUGGAUCUUUUACAAGAUCAGAUGCUCGUACUGCUGGU